AUGGCUCUUGACCAUGCCCGCCUAAGGUGGCAUCACUGCGUUUGUCGCUCCUCCGUCCGCUUCUGCAGCCGCGUCGGAUGGCACCUCCGGCCUCCGUGCCCCCUGUUUGCGCGGCCUUCCACCCAACCCACGGCACCCCCUGUGACCUCCGCCGCCGCUUUCCUCGUCUUUCCUGGGCCUCUAAGCGCCCCCCGCAACCCCGAGCGCCCUCUCCGUUUCCCCCGCUGUGCGCACGGCGCCCGCGCGCCCCCGCCGUUUGCUGCGCGCCCCGGCUUCGCGGCCAGGGCCCCCCCCCCACGCCCUCCGCAGGUCCUCACCGCGCCGCGCCAGCGCCCUCCACCCCGCCGGCUCCGCCAGCCCGGCGCAGAGCCGACGGGGUCCCAGCCGGUGCGGAGCCGCAGCAGCGGGAUGGGCCUGGGCCCCGCCGCCCGCGGGGAGAGAAGGCGUCGCCUCUCUCGCUUCCCCCGGCCCCGCCCCGGCCCCGUCCCGCGAGCCGCAGAAGAAUCAUCUCAAGCGUUGGUCCAGCUCUCGCCCAAGGAGCCACAGCAGGGAACCUCAGAGCUGAGCAGAAGCAGCCAGGAGGGGGAGAAGCCCAUAGUUAACUUGGAGACCACACCCAAGGAGAAAAGAGCAGAGUUGGAUUCAGCCCCGAAGACUGAGAGCGCCGGGAAAUUGGCAAAGCAAGCCGCUGAGGGCAAACCAAGGCCCAGACCCGGAGACCUGAUUGAGAUUUUUCGAAUUGGCUAUGAACACUGGGCCAUCUACGUGGAAGACGACUGCGUGGUGCAUCUGGCUGCCCCGAGUGAGGAAUUCGAGGUGGGUAGCAUCACUUCCAUCUUCAGCAACCGCGCGGUGGUGAAGUACAGCCGUCUGGAGGACGUGCUGCACGGCUGCUCCUGGAAGAUCAACAACAAGCUGGAUGGGACGUACCUGCCUCUGCCCGUGGACCAGAUCCUCCAGCGCACGAAAAAGAUGAUCAACAAGAUUGUGCAGUACAGCCUGAUCGAAGGGAACUGUGAGCACUUUGUCAAUGACCUCAGAUACGGCGUGCCCCGGAGUCAGCAGGUGGAGCACGCACUGAUGGAAGGUGCGAAGGCUGCGGGAGCGGUCAUCUCAGCUGUCGUGGAGAGCAUCAGGCCCAAGCCCAUAACGGCCUGAAGGAGCUCGGAACUCCAAGCAGAGGAGGAACUGCUGUCAUCGGUAGGGACGACGUGCCUCCUUGCCUCCCCUUGCCUUCUCUUUCCAUAGCCCCACUCGAGAAAAUUGUGAACUUCUGGAAGAAUCUAGAAUGUAUCCAAAGACCCCUCCAGAAAUACAUCCAAUAUAUGUGAUCCUAGAUCCAUGGACUCUCGGGGUGAGAAGAAACUAAUAUUUAUUAUUAUGCUUCCGCCAGGCACCAGGCACCGUGCUAGGCAUUUCCUAGGCUUGUGUCAUCUCCCUCCCGGUGGGAAGGGUCUCGCUGGUUUCUCAGGCUGACUCUGGUCUGUGAUGUUUGAAUACCACCUACGCCAUCCUGGAGCCCUCUGCUUGAACAUUCCCAGGAACAGAGAGCUCUUUUUCAGAAGUUCUUGUUCUUGAACUAGAAUGUCUCCAGCUUGUCGCCCUCACGCGCAUCCAGCUCUUCCUGACCCGCAGCGCUGUGCGGGGGGAGGAGGGCUUGAAAGAAACUCAGCGGCUUGCUAUGCAGGGUCCCCUGUGCUUAAUCCAAAAUCAUACACCAGCCUUAUUCUCUGUUGCUGAACACCCCCUGCUUUAAAGUAUAAUCAACAUUUACUUUGCUUUUCUACCUUAG